CUUCGUCAUUCAGUUCCAUGUUUCGCUCCGACUUUCUAGCAAAUCACUUCUCUUGCUUUUUGGAUGCGAUCUGUGAGGAUGAGAAUCCGUAGUUUCGGCUUACAGUCAAAGACUGAAACCCGACUCGGAAACCGGGGAGUUGUUCUGAAUUUAUUAUCCCAUCACAUCAGCAGAGGAGGUAUGAAGUUGUAUCCUCUGAUCCUGAUGUCAUUGGUCGUUCUGUGUUACCGGAACUCCUUGACAGGUGACCUAGUCUUCGAUGACCUUGUGGCUAUUCGUGAUAACAGAGAUCUGCGGCCUCAUACACCCCUCGCUAACCUCUUCAGGAAUGACUUUUGGGGGACACCCUUGGUGAAGGAGCAGAGUCACAAAUCUUAUCGACCCCUGACUGUUCUGAGUUUCCGCCUCAAUUAUUCCGUCCAUGAACUCGAAACAUUCGGAUAUCAUGUGGUUAAUGUCCUGCUUCACGCCUGUGUCUGCAUCCUUUUCUAUAAAUUGUGCCUGCACUUUCUUGCUGCUUCGUCCAGCCUCCUGUCCAGCGCUCUGUUUGCGGUCCAUCCUAUUCACACAGAGGCCGUGAGUGGCAUCGUGGGCCGAGCGGAGCUUCUGUCAGCAAUUGCCUUCUUGUGUGCCUUGCUUUAUUAUAUUCAUAGCAGAUACAGACAUAAAUCGAAUGCUUUGUUUGACUGCGGUGUUACAUCACUAUUAGCUGUAUUGGGUUUACUAUGUAAGGAGCAAGCUCUUACUGUAUUAGCUGUCUGCUGCAUCUAUGAGUUCUUCUUACCAAAGAAUCCCAGCCGUGUUCAGAGUAUCCGCCAUCUUAUGCUAGGCCGUGGAAUCGUUUCGCCAUGGCUCAGAGACAAGGUUGUGAGGAUUUUUCUUCUUACCGGGGCGGCCCUCAUCGUUCUUUACCUGAGAUGGAAAGGCAUGGGGCAACGGAUGCCUGUCUUCAGCAGGUUUGACAAUCCAGCUGCAGUGUCAGCUUUUCCCAGACGCCAGCUGACCUACAACUACUUGUUGGCAGUGAAUGCGUGGCUCCUUCUUUUCCCCUGCCACCUGUGCUGCGAUUGGACUAUGUCAACCAUUCCUCUCGUAGAAGGGAUAUUGGACCUUCGAAAUUUAGCCACAAUAGUUUUAUAUGGUGGCUUCUUCUAUAUUUUGAAGAAUCUGAAUCGGUUAGAAGAUGAUGUCAGAAUGACUAUUAUCAUGAGCCUCUCCUUGGCGGUGGUUCCCUUCCUGCCCGCGUCCAAUCUCUUCUUUCCUGUCGGUUUCGUGAUCGCAGAGAGGAUCCUCUACAUCCCCAGCAUGGGGAUCUGUAUGCUGGUGACACAGGGAUGCACCAUGCUGUACGAGAGAAGGAGUAAACCCCUUGCUGUUCUCGGGAUCCUACUUCUUCUCACAGUUCAUACCUUGAAAACUAUAAAGAGAAACAAUGACUGGCAGACGGAAUUCAGUCUCUACAGCUCUGCACUAUCCGUGAACCAAAGGAAUGGCAAAAUCUUUAACAACAUGGGGCAGGUUUUGGAAAACUGCGAUAGGUACGAUGAAGCGCUGCACCAUUAUAGAAAAGCCAUCGAAAUUGAGCCCGAAGAUGUUAGGAGCUAUCUGAACAUGGGCCGUGUUCUCACAAAUCUCAGACGCUACAAAGAAGCAGAAGAUAUCUACAGAAAGGCGAAGACUCUCUUCCCCGAGGCCGGUGUCGAGGAAGAAGUGCAUGUCACCCCCAGUCAUUUGCAACUUUUUCUCAGCCUGGCAUCCCUCAUCUCUCAGAAUGAAAGUCGUCUGGAAGAAGCGGACGCGCUGUACCGGGAAGCUCUCACUCUGAGAUCGGACUUCACCAACGCCUACCUCAAUCGCGGAGACGUCCUUCUGAAGAUGAACAGGUCCAAAGAAGCGGAGACGAUGUAUUACCGGGCGCUGGAGUACGACCAGAGGAAUCCUGACCUGCAUUUUAACUUGGGAAUAGUACUUAUGGACCAAGGGCGGAACAAGGAAGCUCUGGAACAGUUCAAUAAGGCCCUCGACAUCGAGCCUGAUCAUGAAAAAUCUUUGGAACUAUCAGCAAUAUUAAUGCAGGAUUCAGGAGCACCGGACCACAAACAUCUAGCAAGGCUCAGAUUGGAGCGGAUUGUUGAUAAAGGCAAAGAGACAGAGCGAGUGUACAUAAAUCUAGGCUUAGUUGCCGUAGAAAACAGAAAUUUCCAAAGUGCUGAGAAGUGGUUUAGAAAAGCUCUCAUGAAGAAUUCGCUGUCGAGGGAAGCCUUAUUCAACCUAGCGCUGCUGCUUUCGGAGCAGCUGCGAGGAGCCGAAGCCAUCGAUUUCUUAGAGCAGCUGCUUCAGCAUUACCCAGGACACAUAAAUGGUCUUCUCUUAUUGGCUGACGUCAAUGUUAAUUACUUACGGAACCUAGACGUAGCAGAAGAGUGCUACAGGAAAGUUUUGCAGCUGGAUACUGGCAAUCAGAAGGCUCAUCACAACUUGUGUGUAGUUUUUUUCGAAAGGCAGGACUACGAAAGAGCAGAAAAAUGUUUUGUCCACAUUCUUUCCAUGCAUCCGGACGUCUCCUACAUCCAGGAUCACCUAGAAGUAGUCAGAAAUAUCUUGAAGAAGGGUCAGAACAGUGUAUUCAGGCAUUUGGGUGGUCCACAAUCUGUCAGCUGACCACCAUAAUGCGUUGAAUCAGUUGUGAAAAGAGCUUGGAGUUCAUGUCUUCUAAAAAGUGCCAUGAGAAACGGAGGGGUUGGCCUCCUUUGUAAUAUUCAGCAGAACAUACUUUGCCGAGACCAACAAUUCCAGUUGAUAUUGCUCUAACCAGAAGGAGAAAGUACUCUUGUAUCAUGAAUAUGGACAUUCCUACAACCUUUCUUAUAUUAAAAAGGUGACUUUUCCCAGAAACUUUUUCUGGUCACUUAUGCUUUCUCCUGGAUUAUUCAAACUCUCUAACUUAAUUUAUCUAAGUUAAUAAGUUUUAAGCUAUAUUUAUCAUCAUUUGAGAUAUUAUUACAAUCAUCAUGCCUCUGAGAUAUAGAUCGAUUUAACCCAUUUGCAUCCAUACGCGAAAUAAUCGACAAAUGUCGAUUGCCAUUUAUUAGUGGCUGCCGAAUAACACGUUCCCAACAAUGACCACUUAUCAUCAACAGCGGAAUAUUCCAGUUUCACAGUAAUUUCUUGUUGCUGUAAAAAAUUUCAUAAGUAUGCAAGAAAUACAGAGAAUUUCAAGACUUAGGAUUGCAUUAUUACGAAUUCUACGAAAGUAAAAUUCAUUGGUCAAUCAGAUGGGUACAAAAUGGUAUGGGGCAAAAUACUUCAUUGUUAAUCAAAAUACUUACUAAGGACAAUAUUUAAAUAUCCAUCUGCUUACGUGAUAUCUGUCAAAAUGUGCCAUCAUAUUUUGUAAUUUCAAAACAUUUCGAUGGUGCCUGCAUUACAGCUUGUUAUACAGUAAUUUCACUCUACUAAACAAAGUAAGAGAUUCAGAGUGAAGGAGAUGAGUGUAUAUUUUUAUGCCAAGGCUUGUAACAAGUUUUUAAGCUGGGGUAACUUUGGAAAUGCAUCUAAAUUACUGCUUUUCUUGAAGACCAUCGCAGCGUACUGUGAACAUUCGCAUUGACGUCUUCCCUAACAAUGAUGUCCUGUUUCAAAAAUGACUCGAACUAACCAGUCAGCAUGCACAUUUUUGAGAUUAUACUGCAGUUGUGGCAUAAACUGUCAACGGACCUUAUUUCCUCAAUCACUCGAAUAUCUCUUGUCUAAUCGUGACACAAAACUUCGAAAUAAGUCAGCCAUCUAACUCUCCGACCCGCCACGAAGGCACACGGAUUUAAACCAUAAAAACUAAAUGACCGGACCGCCGCAACAGCAACAUUGGCGGGAACUGUGGUUGAGUCCUAAGGGCCGUCACCGGCCACGGUACAACCCUUCCCGAAGGAAGUACGUCCCGUCAUCGA